UAAGGCGUUUGGUUGUGUGCCACGCUAUUAAAAGAAGAAGAGAAGAACCUUUACGUCAUGAAAUGGUGACGAAGCAAAUUCUCCUGCAGCGUCCCGACUGACAACGAACCAUCUCUCUGAUGACCAAGGCUGAUGGCCAAGGCUACGUCGACCUGAAGGCUCUUAGCAACCUUCUGGAAUGGCUACGCUUCCCUGCCCGGGGCUUCUCUCGCCAGUUCCUGAUCACCCUGUGUGUUGGGAUGACCUUCGGUUUCGGCUUUGCCUCUCUUCGGUGGUGUGACCUGGACGAACCCCGCUCCCCGACGUCGGAACCCCCGAGGCUGCGGCAGCUCUUCUACGGUGAGGGACCUCGCGUGGACAGCGACAACGAGACUGGUCCGCAUAAACCGUUGGCGUUCAACGGGACGGAGGAGGAGUUCCACUAUAAAGACGAAGACCGCGUGGCACAGAUACUUAAGAAACGAGUGCGUCUCCUGUGCUGGGUGAUGACCAACCCAGCUAACCACGCCAAGAGGGCAAAACACGUCAAAGCCACGUGGGGUCGCCGCUGCAACGUGCUCCUUUUCAUGAGUUCCCAAUCGGACCCCGAGCUACCUGCGAUCGCCUUGCCCGUCAACGAAUCUCGAUCUUAUCUCUGGGAGAAGACCAAGGCCGCUUUCACGGAGGUGUACAACAACUACCUGAACGAAUCAGACUGGUUCCUCAAAGCUGACGACGACACCUACGUCAUAGUCGAAAAUCUCAGGUACUUCCUCCUGGACAAGAACUCCUCUGAACCCAUCUACUACGGCUGCCGUUUCAAGCCGUACGUGAAGCAGGGCUACAUGAGCGGAGGGGCAGGCUAUGUCCUCAGCCGAGAAGCAGUCAAGCGAUUUAUAGAGCAGAGCCUUCACGAUCCCAAGUGCCGCCAAGACCACGACGGCGCUGAGGAUGUGGAGAUUGGAAAAUGUCUGGAGCAAGGGGGUGUCCAGGCUGGGGACUCCCGGGACAUUCUUGGGAGAGGAAGGUUCUUCCCACUAGUGCCAGGGAGUCAUCUUAUCACUGGUGAAGUGGGCAGAGAUUUCUGGCUAUGGAAGUGGGUCUACUACCCCCUCGCAGAGGGAAUGAACUGCUGCAGUGAUACAACAAUUUCAUUCCACUACAUCAGCCCAAAUCUGAUGUAUGUCAUAGAAUACCUCAUCUACCUCCUUAGGCCAUAUGGAACAUUCUCCAUGGUGCAUUGCAGAGAAGACAAUAGUGAACAACAUGGAACAACACGCGCUUGACAGCAGAGUAAUCGUGUGCCGCGUCGACGGUGACGCCUUUGCAUACAGGUCACUCAAUAAGACACUGGUGACUUGAGGCAUCCUCUGUCGAAGUAUUCAAAUAAACGAGCAGCAUGAAAACUAAGUCUCGGUAAUUCA